AUGGGUAAAACAAGAGGAGUACAUGAAACAACUCCAGAGCUGAGAAAUCGUAUGGUUGGAAUAACAGUAAAGAGAUGGUUGAAUCGUUUUGAUAAAGAAGGAACAGUAGAAACUAGAGAAAGAUGCGGUAGAAAAAGAGCGACAACUACUGAACAAGAUGCAGCGAUCGUAAGACUAGCAACACAAACACCAAUCACAGCAGCUAAAGCAGUUCUUCCAGCUUUGGGGCUGACUUGUUCGGUGGAUACGAUCAGAGAGAGACUUCAUAAAGCUGGAAUUCAUAAUUGGAGUCCAUCCAGAAAACAUAUUCAGAAGAUUCCUCUUGGAGACGUGGAUGGAGCUGCUAUUCAGCAGGCAGUGUGGCGUCCUACAGGCACUUCAUUGGGUAAAAAGAAGAGCCAGAAACCCGAUGAAAGUGUUAAAAAAUCUGGAGCUGUUAUUAAAAGGAAAGUUUUAAAAAGAAGAGCCAAGCCUGCAAGUAAUAAUACUGAUACUGAAGAAUCUGCAGCAUCAAAACAGUCGCAAACUGAAGAACCGCAGCAGUUACAGCAACAAGAUCAGUUGAAUUCAUCUUUUAACUUCCAGCCGGACAAUUUUAAUCAAGUACAACCUCGGAGCGAUGAAAGUCCUCAAAUGCAAGCCCCCUCGCUCAUGAAUAGUCAACCGGAGUUCAACAGCGCCCUCAGUCUAGUAGUCUCACCUCAAUCAAUGUAUCAGCACCACUCUGGCGUGGACGUGACGCAAAACUGGCCUCUGGAUUUAGGGCAAAAUCCACACCAUUAUCCUCAAAGUCAGCCUCAAAGUGUUGCUCUUCAUCAGCCGUCUUCCCAGCAACAUCUUCAGGAGCUUCACACACCCCAAGAACAAGAGCAGCGCGCACACGAGCAACAUAUGCAAGAACACAACCAGUCUAUCCAACAGCUUCACCAUCAUCAACCUCAGCACCAUCUCCAUCAUCAUCCCUUCGAUGAGCCACAUCAUCAGCUAGACCAAAUUCAGUCUCAGCUAUCGCUGGAGCCUAUCAGAGAGCCCAGCAAAGUGGUGCGCUCGAAUAGCUGCUCGAAUUCAAGCAUCGAUAAUAGUUCUGACGGCGAUGGCGAGCUGAAUAAUAAAGAUGACUACGACCACAGUCGCUCGAGGAAAAAGAAAGGAGGCAAAGCCAAAGGGACGCUUGAAACUUCCGUUGAAAUUCGAAAUAGAAUGAUUGGAAUGUCCGAGGCUGGGUUGUCUACACUCUCAAUCGCUUUGGCGAUAAACAGAUCUGAAAGGACCGUCAAAAGGUGGCUGGAACGUUGGAACAAAGAAGGCAAUGUCCAGACAAAGGAGAGAAAAGGACGCAGAAGAAUUACAACCAAAGAGCAAGAUGAGGCAAUUGUUGCAAUGGCUACACAGAAUCCACUGACUGCAGCUAAACACGUCGCUCCGGCUCUCGGUUUGAAUUGCAGCGUUGAUACUGUACGGGAGAGGUUACACAAAGCUGGAAUUCACAGUUGGAAGCUGGGUAAAAAGCAGGGUGAAGGUAAUGUUGUGCAUACUGUUCAUCUUUGGCAGCCCAGCGGCAACCGACCCAACAAACUAAAAAUAACGAAUAACGAUAGCAAUGAGAGGAAAAAGAAAGGAUUGGUUAAAAAAGUCAAUGGUGGGUCUAGUAAUGUUAAACGUACGUCGAAUAAUAAUAAUUAUAAAAAGAAGAAGAAAAAGACUGAUGAAGGACCAAAAAAUUUAACAACAACUACCGGCAGCGUUGUUCAAGAGCAAAAUCAAAUUCAGCAGUACCAUGACAAUGGUGGUAUGACUUAUCCUUCGGCGCAAAGUAUCAUGCAGCCGGUUCAUGUUUCUCAAGCUCAAUCGUUAGUACCUCAACAACCACCAAUUCCUGCUCCACUUGUUUCUAUUCCUCCUCCACCUCCUCCUCCUCCUCCUCCUCCUAUUGCUUCUGUGCUUCCUCCGGCAACAUCUGUUCCUCAUUCGAUGCAACCACUGGGCUCUAUUAUGCAACGACCUGAUUGCCGCAUGAUUUCAUCUAUUCCUAAUACACAAAAUUCCGGCAUGAUUGGCUACUCCUCCUGUAUGAUUGGUAAUAACAAUCACAUGGAUCAUCAGCCUGAUCCACUUAAUUAUGAGCCGUUUAUUUGGACAUUUUAA